GGAGGUUUCAGUACAGAGGGGAUUAGGCUAUGGCGACUUCCGGUCGUGCGAUUCGCGGAUAGGAGCACGAAAUGGCGUAGCGAUUCACGGUCUGUGAGCUCGAAAUCUCCGGCGCCGUGUCAUGGAUCCCGCUGCGGGCACCGAAAUUGCGGAGGGAAAUCUUCUCCGCAUUCGGACCAGCCUCGGCGACGAUCUCCAGGGCCAUGUCCUCGCCUUCGACAAGGCUCUCAACAUGGUCGUGAUUCAGGAGAGCGGGGACGUUGGUGUUCGUGGCAACCUUCGCUUCCUCAAGGCGACUUUCAUCAAGGAGCUGACGGUGAUCAAGCAACUGGAGGACUCUUUCGAUUCCAGGCCGCGUUUCAUCGACAUUGCCAGCCUCAAGGCUCGUGAAGACGCUGCUUUGAAGCAGGCUAUGGCCGAGGCGGAGCGAAUCGGCGUUGGAGUGACACAGGAAGCUCAAGACAUCUUCGAUGCUUUGUCCAAAACGCUUCCAGUGCGGUGGGACAAAGCCACAAUUUUGGUGAUGGGGGACGUUAGAGUGAACGAGCCAUACCUCCCAGAAAACGUUACUGGCGGUGCCACGGCGGCAAACGAUCGAGUGAAAAAAGUGCUGGAACUGGAGAGAAUGCGGCUCCAAGCUCGCAGUUCUUCCGCAAACCCGUAGGAGCGAGGCCGAGAGAGGUCACAAACGAGAUCGAAAAAAAAGAAGGAAGAGAUCGUCAACACCACCACCAACACCACAAAAAAAAUCGUUCCGGGCAAGCUUGAGGCAGCAAUGGCAGAGGAAACUUGCAUCGAUCGAUCGAUUGAUCGUCUUCUAAUCUUUCCUUUGUCACACUUUUUUUUCCUUUUCGGCUCCUCGGCGGAGCUGCUGAUUCUCCUCACUGCUUAACACUGUAAUCCCCUCGCUCUAAAAUUCUUUGUAGCUUUUGUUGUA